GCUUCUUUUUUCUUCUUAUCGAUUUCUUUCUGUUUCAGUUUCUUGAAAUCGUUUCCUUGAUCUGAUUCCCAUUUUAGAACCCUAAUUCCAGUUGAUUUUGUGAAAACGAAAAUCCAGGAAUGUAUCAUCAAUCAUCGCAGCACUUUGAUUUGGAGCAGGACAAUGCUACUUUGGGUUUUGGUGGUGGAGAACCAACUUCAUGGCUUUCCGGCGAAGAUCUCCGCCCUUCUUCACCUUCUCACCGCCGUAAUCUUUCCGCUUUUUCGAGUUCCACCGCCACUACUGCUGCCGGCAAUGUCGACCGUCUUCUCUUUAAUGACCUCGUUCAGAUCGUUCCCCUCGUUCAGUCUUUGAUUGAUCGAAAGGCAAAUACUUCGUACACUCGUAGGGGGUCAAUGAUCUACACCAAGACGCCUUCAAGAGAAUCACUAGCUAAUAAGAUGACUGAAGCAAAAGGUAGGAAUGCUCAAUCAAUUCCUGGGAAAAAGCGCAGGGACAACGGUGGCAACGAGCAAGAUGGAGGUGCUGAUGGUUUCUCCAUGUUUUCCUCCAGUUCAGUUUUGACAAAGGAGCGGGAAGAAUUGGCUGAAUUGAGGGAGAAAGUGGUGGAUCUGGAAAGACAGUUGUUAGAGAAAGAUGAAAUCUUGAAAUCGACAGAAGCUUCAAAAGACAAAAUUAACUCUGUUAAUAGCAUGCUAGAUGAAGUUAAAAAACAGGCGUUAGAAAAAGACGUCUUACUGCGUUCUACUCAAGCGCAAUUAGCUGAUGUAAAGAUUAAACUAGCUGAUAAACAAGCAGCUGUAGAGAAGUUACAGUGGGAAGCAAUGACUUCCAACAGAAAGGCUGAAAAGCUCCAGGAAGAUCUGAAUGCCAUUCAAGGAGAGAUGUCAUCGUAUAAAGUGUUAUUCGAAGGCUUGUCAAGUGACAAUUUUAACCUUUCGGACCAAGAGUAUGAUGUCAUCCCACAUGUCGGUCACCUUCCUGAAAUAGAUGAUUUGGAUGAACUGGAUAUGAGCAAAAUGGAAGAGGCAAAGGAGGCUUACAUGGCUGCCAUUGCUGCUGCAAAAGAGAAGCAAGACGAAGAGUCGAUCACCGUAGCUGCGAAUGCUAGGUUGCAUCUGCAGUCUUUUGUUCUAAGAGUGUAAAAGUCAACAAGUUUGGACUUCACCAUUAAAGUUUGGAGUUCUUAUGGUGUCAUAUGUUGGAAAACAGUGUGUGUGUGUGUAUGUGUGUAAUCUUCUUCUUUUUUAAUCUAAUGAGUUGGGAUUGCAUAUCCACAUGUAAUGUUGCUGCUUAUUCUCAUUUCUGAGUACAGAAUGAAGAUAGAAUGCACCGACUUGGGUAAUAGAAUG